AUGCUCAUCCUCAUGCUCAUCCUCAUGCUCAUCCUCAUGCUCAUCCUCAUCCUCAUGCUCAUCCUCAUGCUCAUCCUCAUGCUCAUCCUCAUCCUCAUCCUCAUCCUCAUGCUCAUCCUCAUCCUCAUCCUCAUGCUCAUGCUCAUCCUCAUCCUCAUGCUCAUCCUCAUCCUCAUCCUCAUCCUCAUGCUCAUCCUCAUCCUCAUCCUCAUCCUCAUGCUCAUGCUCUACCCAGCUGGCAGCAAGAAUCACCGUCCCACUCAAAACUCCUUCCCCCUUUGUUCUUACCUCCGUUCCUAUUCCCUCCCCCCCCAUGGCCAUCAGCUAGAGGCGUUCCCAACGGUCAUGCUCUACCCGGCCGGCAGCAAGUCCCAACCAGUAAGCCCCCGUCUCGUGUGCCUCCGUGUGUCCUCUCGUCCUUGCUCUUGCCACCUCGCCCACAUGUUGCUCUUGCCACCUCGCCCACAUGUUGCUCUUACCACCUCGCCCACAUGUUGCUCUUGCCACCUCGCCCACAUGUUGCUCUUGCCACCUCGCCCACAUGUUGCUCUUGCCACCUCGCCCACAUGUGACAGAGAAGACCAGUUGGUGACAGUAGAGGACAGGCUAGUGCGGUGGAAGCACAUGGUGGGCACACUCAGGAAGCAUGCUGGCACUGCACUGCACCUGCCUGAAAACCUGGAGGAGGAGGUGGAGGAGCAGGGAGAGGAGUAUGAGAAGCAGAGGAGGAAGGAGGCUGCAGCGGAGCAGGCAAGGCGAGAAGCAGGAGACGUGAAGGACGAGCUGUGA